AUGACACAGCUGAUCUUUUGUUUGCUGCCCAAUCGCCAGAGAUCCACAUAUGUCAGACUCCUUCAGAAGCUUAAGGAGACAGUGCUGCAGAUCACAGGAGCUCCCCUACAGCCACAAGUAAUACAGACUGACUUUGAAGUUGCUGUGAUGCGAGAUGUCGAGGAGGAGUUGCCUGGUACAGACAUCAGGGGGUGCUUCUUCCACUAUACGCAGGCAGUGUGGAAGAAGGUUCAACAUUUGGAGAUGGUCAAUCAGUACAGAGACAAUCCGGACAUCCACGACCAUGUCAGACGUGCUGCUGCACUACCACUGCUACCAGUCAACAUGGUUCAACAAUCGUGGCUCGACGCAAUGGAGGAUGCCCCUGAUACGCCCCAGAUCACGUCAUUCAAGGACUACAUGGUGAAUACUUGGGUCGACGACUAUGCCAUGUUCCGUGCUGGUAUUUGGAAUCACCACACCAACUUUGGUCCUCGAAACAACAACCACCUUGAAGGUUGGUAUGCCUACCUUAACAAGACUGUUCAGCGAGCCCACCCCAACAUCUACUGCCUUGUGAGAGUCCUUCAGAAGCUAGAAAAGCAGAAAGGAACAAGAUUGCCCACUAUAUCCAUGGUGCAUUAUUACUGUUAG